UGCAGAGUGUCAAUCACUGGGUAUAGCUAAUGUCUCUCCGUUAAACAUACCUGGAUUAUCCGAAUCGAGAAAUUUGUUGUAUUAAUAUCUCAUUCUGUCGAGAAGGCAACCUGAGUAUUUUUGCAGUUAACGGGUUGCACUCACUAUACUGUUUUAACUUCUGCAACAACUAAAGAAUGCUUUUUACCAAAGACCCAAGAAGAUUUCGAAAUUUAGAGGAAUGCUGGGACAGCUCUAACCUGAAGGAAGAUGAGUUUGAAGAAUUUUGUGUGUACAUCGUUCAUGACCGAGCAUGUGAGCGAGUGUGUCCAAACAGGGCUCAAGCAUCCCUACCCAGAAACCUGACCCUGAAACCCUCACAGAACCAAGUCAAUAAUGGUCUAGGAGUGUGGAGCCUUGACUACAUACCCCGGGGGACCAGAUUUGGACCCCUCGUAGGAGAAGUGUUUUCCCGCGAGCCAUUCUCUAGAAAAGAAUCGGACAGAAUUUCUCUUUGGAAGGUUUUCAAAAAUAACAAUGUGUACCAAUUCUUGGACAACAGCGAUGUAACCCGUAGCAACUGGAUGCAUUACACAAACUUUGCGUACACCGCUACCCAGCAGAACUUAAUUGCGUGUCAAAUUGACUUCAACAUCUACUUCUACACGACUAAGCCUAUCCCCCCCAACACAGAACUGAUGGUGUGGUACUGUAGGGAGUAUGCUGACCGUCUCAACUGCCCCCUCACAGGGGAGGAAAUGCUGCAGAACUGGAGACGUCAGUACAUAGAGAGACAAAUCACCAUGCCAAAGCCUCUUCUUCCUCUGCCCAUCUGCCACAAUGCAUUCAAGCCCGAGCUAGACGAUUCAAAAUUCCAUCCAGAAAAAAUCACCAAAGAGACCAAAACUGAAGGCAGCGAUACCAGCCGGGACGAUGGCUAUGCCAUUGACUACAGUCUGCACAAGAGGGAUGGCAGCCCCUCGAGUGAGGAGAUGGAUAGGAGCAGGGAGGAGAAAAACAGGUCAGAGGACAUGGAAAUAAUCCCCUCACCCACCAAAUCUCCUCCUCACGCUAGUUACAUGAGGGAGAGACUGUCUCCCAUCUCCGCCUUCCAAACUAGUUCUUUGCCGUCUGCUUUCCAGCCAAAACCUGUCAUGGCUCACAGCACACCUAAGAAGUCAUCAAGUGCAGUGUUUGAUAGCCUCCUGAUGAAAAAAAUGAAGGAAAAUGGUGAGGAUGUUCCAGAUAAAAUGCUGAAGGGGGAUAUGUCCUCCCUGGACUUCAAGUCACCCAAUGACAUCAAACCCCAGAUCUCACCUGCCCAUGAGCCAAAAAUCAAAACAGAAGAAUCUAGUCCCAAGGAUCUGAAAGAUCGUGCACCAUUUCCAGAUCAAUUCAACCCAUUCAAUCCAUUCUUUUACAAAUUCAUGCAGCCAAACCCCAUGAUGGACAACAAAAACAAUAUGCCACUGCACCCAUAUAUGGGACGUCCUGAGGACAACAAAUUUAUGUCUAAGAUGCCUCCUCAUUCAGGCCCACCCUUGUAUUUCCCCUCCCCAUCCAUGCCCUAUCUUCCAGCCAUGUAUCCAUUUGGUCCUUACCCAGGAAUGCCUUGGCAGAUGUUCCCUCCACCCUUCCAACAGAUGGGAAACCAGCAACCCCCUAUGCCAUUUCAUCCCCGCCCCAUGAUGCCUCAACCAGAACAAGUCCUCAACCUGACCAAACCUAGAAUGGAGGGAGGACAUGGCUCAAGGGGACACAGGAGUCUGCCUUACCCACUCAGAAAGAGGGAUGGAAAGAUGCACUACGAGUGUAAUGUUUGUUACAAAUCUUUUGGACAGUUGUCAAAUCUGAAGGUACACCUUCGUACCCAUACCGGAGAAAGGCCCUUUGUUUGUCAGACCUGUGGGAAGGGAUUCACUCAGCUCGCUCAUCUCCAGAAACAUCAUCUUGUCCAUACCGGAGAGAAACCUCACGAAUGUACCGUCUGUGGAAAGCGAUUCAGCUCAACGUCCAACCUCAAAACUCACAUGCGCCUUCAUUCAGGGGAAAAACCAUUUCAUUGUAAACUCUGUCCAGCCAAAUUCACUCAAUUUGUCCAUCUCAAACUUCACAAAAGACUGCACACGAACGAACGCCCCUACGAGUGCCCGCAAUGUAAUCGUAAAUACAUUAGUGCCAGUGGACUCAAAACUCACUGGAAGACUGGGAACUGCAUACCAGCAGGUUUGAACAUUGACUAUAACACACUGUUAGAAAAUACUCACCACGAGGUCAUAAGCCAAGACCGACAAGAUGGCUACAAUGAAACGAUGGAUGGCGAGAAAUUCGAAAAAUACGACCAAGAACUAGAGGAGGACCUCUCCAAUCAGAGUCACUUAGACUCUUUCAAUAAUAACAUGGACAGUCCUAGUGCUAUGGGAAGCUUGAAUCAUCUAAGGCUGAACAGUUGUAGUAGUAGUGUUAACGGUAGUGAUGAGGAGGGGGAUAAAAAUCCCCCCUCACCCACAGACUCUGACCCCGAGAACAGCAGCACCAGCAUGUUCGGGAAACCCGUGGAGUAUACCAUGUCUCCCUCACCCCCCAAACUGUCCUCUCCCCCACCCCCCAUCACGAACACUGAGCAACUUGUGACAGCGUAAUGUAACAGACUUAUAGUGAUGUUGUAGAUUCUAGGUCAAUUUAAUUAUUUAAUGCAUAAUUAUUCGAGCAUGUUAUUUGCAUAAUAUAUCAGAUAGAACAUGACACUUAUGUCUCUUAUGAAGUAGAUUUUUGAUGACCAGACAAUAAUUUUCUUUGUCUCAGAAUAACAAUUACAUGGGACCACUUUUAUCAGGAAAAAAAAGUGAGCAUUCAAUUUUUCUAUGAAAUCCAUGUUAAUGACAUUUUCCCCUCUUUCUUGUAAUUUCAUAAUGUAUUAUUUAAACAGAGUUAUGAUUUUGCGUUUUUUAACUAUUUAUUUUUUCUUGAGUUGUGAUUUUUGUGUACAUUUUUUAGUGGCAUGUACAGAUCAACAUUGUACAAACUUAAAUUAUUUAUUUUCAUGUUGCUGACUCAGCAAUAAGUCUCUGCUUCCAACUACACUAUAAAAAAGUACUCGUUUUUUCCAUGUGUUUGCCAUAAAUUGUAACUGGUAAUAAGCAUUUUAUUAUUUUGACUUUUCCUUAUAUUUUUAAAUUUAUAAAUAUAAUGCUGAAAAAAUAUGUUGGCAGCAGAUAUUUUUAAUUUAUUUUUUGAGAUGAAACUAACAUUUUGCUGUGUGUUUUGUCUAAUACAUAUUUAUCUUGUAAAUGCUAAAUGGCAUGAUUUUCAGACUUUUUUUUCAUUAUUUACAAUUUUGGAGGCAUCAUUUUGCAUUUAUUAUAUCUGGCAAUCAACUCUAAGAGUAUUUUAGAUGAAUUACUUAUCCAGUUCACAGCACAUUUUGAAUUUGGUCUAAGUCUUUAUUCCCAGAAGUGAAAAAAGAAAUACUGUUAAUUUAAGAGGAAUUUCUAUGACGAAACAUUAUUUCUAAUGAAAUGUUACCAGUUGAUAAAACCCUUUUUAUUCUGCUUUCAAUGGGAAACAAUUUGUUUAUCUAUUUGUAUCCCUUAUUGGGGAUCAUAAUGAUAAUCCAGUGUUAUAAUGUUUACAGUAGGGAAAAGUCUUCAGGAGACCUAUAAAUUUGACAACAAUGGUCUGGAUUAGAAAUGGCAUUUGGCAUCAGAGAAAAUCUAGCGUCACUGAUUCCAAGAGAGAUAAGAUAAUGUAUUGGUAAAUAAAAGCCUUUUUUCUUUAAUUUUGCAAAACAAUUGACAGGAUUACCUCCCUUGGUAAAAGUGAUGUCCCCUGACACGCCAAAUGUAUCUUCCGUAUCAUAAGUGAUAUUUAGAAUUAAUGGGGCUAGGACGGUCCGUGCUCUCUGUCAAAUUAAAACAGAGAUGUCAGACGUAACUUUUUAACCAUAUUUGUUUAACAAAUUCCAAGAGACAAUUUGGGAUUCAAUCCCGUGGAAUCAACUUACUUAGUUCGCUCACCCGUGUCUGGUAAUCUACGAUCGGAGUCGUUUCGAAAAUCGCCAGACAGCCAUCAUUUCUCUUUGACUUUUUUCUCUGGUGAAUUAUAAGAUUUCUAUGCAAAUUCCCCUCCGCGACCAUGCAAGGGAAUUAACAGUUUGACAUUAGAUUGAAAUUAGUGAAAAUCUUUAUCUAGAGAGUUCGUGCCAUUGUUCUUAAAUGCGGCCCCAUUAGCGUAACAAAUGAUGAAAAUGGACGCAUCACCUAGCAGGUCUCUUUAACAAAUGAUUUAGUAAAAUCAAACCAAGAAAUAAAAUAGCAGAUUGUAAAGGACUUGCAUCAUUUGCAGGUAACAGCGCCGAUUAGAUCUUGAGCGCAAAUUGGCAGUUGAAAUUGACAAGCAGAGAUAGUCGCCCGUUAGCGUAGCUCAAUGGAAAGGAUUGAUUGUGAAAGUUUUCUGUCAACGGCUCUAACGGAAAUGUUUCGUUUUCAGUUGAAAUGUGUGUCAAUAUUUAUCAAUUAGGGGAUAUUUUAUGAUGGGCUUGUUUAAAGCUCCGAAACAGAAAACCCCAAUAUUUAGAUCUAAUGAUAGGAGUUUCAGAGCAAAAAAGAAAGAAAAGAGAAAAUUAUUCACAAAUAGAAAUUUGUGUUGAUAAAAUCAUCCCCAUUGACCUUGUAAAUAACUCACCUUUUUCGCCUUUUUUUUCUAAAAUGGAAAAAAGUGAUGUCUAGAUGCUUUCUCUGUUGAAUUUCCGAGUGGUACGGUAUUGUACAUGGUAAUUCUACCCCAUGAUACUGGCUUAGUCAAUUAAUGCAUUUAUACCCCCUUGCAUUUCUAACGUCAUAGACUUUUCUAAAGGUUGAAAAUAUGUAUUUUUUGCAAUUUUAUGAUUGGUUGUCAGAGAUUUUUUUUUUUAAGUUUUGUCUACAUAUACCAGUGUAAUAAUUGAGGUCUAACUU